AUGAAGGUCGUUCCGACCCCCGUCUCGGCAUCAAAAGCGGCAUCCCACACACGGCCCUCGCCACGACUUCCACCCCUUGUCCCUCGUCACCAAGCAGCCGCCGCCAGCCCGAUUCGUGCCCAGCACGCGCGACGGAGCUCUGUUUCAAGAAAUUGGAUAUUUGAUGGCCGGGCGAACAAGCCAGUCAACCACCGGGCAAAGGUCGGGUUAUGGCUUGAGACGGUUGAGCCCUCUCAAGAAUCGCCUCCUCCAAGUCCAAGCCUCCCGGCAUCCCCCGCAGGCCUACGGCGACGAUCAUCCACGUUGGGCGCUGCGAGUGCCAUCCCCAUAACCCCACGUGUACCACCGGAUGCUGCUCUUUUCAUGAGGAGGUUGGGAUCCCAGCGCACGCCCCUUGCCGACAUCACAUCAAUCGUGCUCGCGGCAGAAAGCCCAUCCAGCUUCUAUGAAACAGAGACCCCGGCGGAUAGCCCACAUUUGUCCAGCCACAGUUCAUAUCCGGCCUCAGAUCUGACCAGCGCUAUCGACCUGUUGACCGCCGAUGAGGCAAAGCGCCUUCUUUUCGUGUCCGCUCAAUCCGAUAUCUCGAUUGCGGAUGCCAUUCGCGGCAUUGCGAUCUCCCGCACAUCGGCCGGGUCGAUCGAACUGGGGAGCCCAAGGUCAAUUCCUUUGGCUGACACCUUCCGGUUCGAUGGCCCUGAAUAUUCCUAA